AUGAAUUGCUUCGAUGAGAGCGAAGUUAAAUAUUUAAAAAGUCAGAAAAAAAUAAAACGAUGCUAUAAAGUUUGGGAAAAUAUUAUUAGUAAGAGUAUUGGUUGUAGCAAAGAAGAAAUAAAAAAAAAUAUUGCUAAAAGAAAAAGAGAUAAAGAAAGAUUAUUGUCUAUUUUAUAUGGUAGUGUUUUCAAAGGAAGGAAAUACCUUUUAUACUCCAAAAAAUGGAGGGGAAAAACGUUAAAUGAAAUAAUUAAUCAAGAUAAGAAAAAUUAUCAAAAUUUAAAAUAUUUAAAAAAUGUAGACAACUCUUAUUUUUGUAAAUUAGCUAUAGGAUAUGUGGAUGAAAAUGAUAAAAAUCAUUUUAAAAAGAAAGGAGAAUCUGAAUAUAUAAAAAAUUAUGAUGUAAUGGAUGCUAAUAAUAAUAGUACAAAUAUAAGUACUAAUAUUAGUGCCAAUAUUAGUACAAAUAUUAGUACCAAUAUUAGUGCUAAUAUUAGUCCCAAUAUUAGUACUAAUAUUAAUACCAGUAAUAAUAAUAAUAAUAGCAAUGUGAAAAAAUUUCAAGCGAAUAUCAAUAUCAACAGUACAACCCAUAAAAAGAAGGCAAACCAGGCAGAGAAAAAUGCAGCGUAUCAUACUAAAGAUGAAGUGUACGAAAGAUUAAACUACUUAGAAAAAAGAAGUUAUAGAAAUAAAUGUAAAAUUGAUAACCACAUUAAUAGUAGUUAUAUCAGUAAUAGUAAUAAUAACCCCAAUUUAUAUACAAAUCUUACCUACCAUAAUAAUACUACUACUACUACUAAUAAUAAUAAUAUUAAUAGUAAUAGCAAUAGUAAUCAAAUUAACGGUAAUAACAGCAAUAAUAAUAGUAAUAAUAAUAGUAGUAAUUAUCACGUACUAAAUCAUAAUAAAUAUUAUGAAGAGAAUUCGGAUGAAGGGAAAGUUAUCAAAUAUAAAUAUUUACCUACUGGUGUUUUCUACAGUAGGGUAUCAAGGUCUUUUAUAGCAAAUUGGAUUGAUGAUAAAACGAAAAAACAAAUUAAAAUGCCGUAUAAAAUUUCAGAAUUUGGUGUAGAAAAAUGUAUGAUUUUAGCUAUCCUUUCAAGAAACCUACGAAUAAGUAAUCUAAACAAUGCUUUAAAAUAUUAUGACAACUUAACAGCAGACCAAAAAGAAAAAAUGCUACAAACUAUUAGAACAACACAAAAAAGUGAAAAAUUAUUUAACGAUAUAUUAAAACCAAAUAAUAAUGAUUUUAUUCACAUUAUUAAUAGUACUUGUCCUAUUACUAUUACCCAUGCAAAUAAAAAUGAAGAAAAUGAAUCUAAAAAUACAGUUGUAAAAAAAAAUAUUAUGGAAAAAAAAAAAGCCAAACAGAAUUAUAACAAUUCAGAAAAAUUACCAACAGGAGUAUAUUUUUAUCAAGGUUCUUAUGUAGCUAAUUGGUGGGAAACCAACCAAAAAAAGCAGUUUAAAGUACCAUUUAAAAUUUCUGAAUAUGGAAUUACAAGAGCAAAAAAUCUAGCUAUUAUUUCAAGACUUAUUAGAUCGUCAUCCAUUCAAGAAGUUAAUCUAAUUUUAACUCAAAUAGAGCAAAACAAAAAUAUCACAAAAUUGAACUACUCUACAAUUUCAAACUUAGCUUUUAAAUAUGUAAAAAAUACUCCGAAAAAAGAUUAA